CGAGCGGUUGCUCUCGCCCCACUCGCUCCGCCUCGCCACCGCCGCUCUCCCAGCGCAGAGUCGCCGCCGCCGCUCCCAAGUCUCCCUUACGCGAGCGCGGGGGCCACCCCAGUAGCAGCAGCCAGCGCGCGCGGGAUGGGGAACUGCCAGGCGGCGGAGGCGGCGGCGGUGCUGCUCCAGCACCCGGGCGGGCGGGUGGAGCGGCUCUGCUGGUCCACCAGCGCUGCCGAGGUGAUGCGCGCCAACCCGGGCCACUACGUCGCGCUCGUCACGCUCCGCGUCGCCGAGGAGCGGCAGGACGCCCCCGGCGGCGAGCGCCGCACCGUGCGCCUCACGCGCGUCAAGCUGCUCAAGCCCAAGGAGACCCUGCUCAUCGGCCACGUCUACCGCCUCAUCACCACCCAGGAGGUGACCAAGGCGGUGCAGGCGAGGAAGGAGGAGAAGCAGAGGAAAGCGCAGCAGCAGCUGCUGGAGUCGAGGCAGAGCAAGGCGAGGGGCGCCGCCGAGGACGACGACGACGACGACGAGGCGGCCCUGGACGCCAGCCUUGAUCAGUUGGCGCGUCAGGACAAUGGCAACCGGAGCUCCAGCGCGCGGCACCGGCAAUGGCGGCCGUCGCUGCAAAGCAUCGACGAGGCCACCAGCUGAGAUGUCAACUCAUACACCCCCAUACCAUACAAAUCGUAGGGCCGUAAUCAUUGACCGGUGGACCUGUAUUUUCGGUGAUCACCUGGCUUCAGUUAGCCCAACAUCACAAGGGCUGCUACAUUUGCUUGCAUACUGUGACUGUGUGAGUUAGGGUUUGACACCCCCGGGAUGAGAGGACUGCCUGCUUGAGAUGCAACAGCCUCGAAUCAGUGUAAAUUUUCAGGUCUUGGUCAGGCGUUUGUUAGUGAGACUGCUUGCUUUCUCCAUACGGUUUGCACAUGGAAUCGGAACAAGUUGAAGUAGCUUAGAUCUAGAGCCAGAGAUGUCCUGUACUUGCUAUACUUUCUUGCUCUCGCAGAUGGGAAUCAAAGCGCAUAGCUUUUGAGGAUAUCUCUGCGUUUCUUUAGUAGUGUUUAGAAUGUAAGUUGCUGUUGAUGCCAAAUAGGUUCUCAAUCAUAAA